ACACGCAUGCGCAGUCGGAAAAAUAGCUCCGUUCAAUAUGGCGUUUAGUCUGGCUGCAUUUUCUUAUAUAGCAGCAUUAAUAAUCGACGCAUUUUUGAUAUUUUUCUCAAUUUUUCAAAUAAUUUGCUUCGAUGAAUUGAAGACAGAAUACAAAGAUCCUAUCGAUCAAUGUAAUAGUUUAAACCCAUUAGUUCUUCCAGAGUAUGGGUUACACAUCUUUUUUAACAUACUGUUCCUAAUUAGUGGAGAAUGGUUAUCUUUAUGCCUCAACAUCCCUCUUAUUGCAUACCAUAUAAACAGAUAUUUGAACAGGCCAGUGAUGACGAGUGCUGGUUUAUAUGACCCUACCAGUAUAAUGAAUGCCAAUGAUUUAACAAAGUGUUAUCGAGAAGGAUGGGUUAAGUUGGCAUUUUAUCUCCUUUCAUUCUUCUAUUACCUCUAUGGAAUGAUCACUUCCUUGAUCCAUUAAAGGAAUGUAGCUCCUAUGUAUAAUGACUGUCAACCAUAAACAAUUUAAUCCUUAUGAUGGAUUAAAUGGGUCAUUAUUGAUGCAGAUGAACAGUGGUCAAUGUCACUGUCUGCAGUGACCAUUUCUGUAUAAACGUCAUAAGCGAUGAAUCGUGUAAACAUAAAUAUAAUAGAAAUUUUUGUUUUCUAAAUAGUUUAAUGUUUCAUGUCUCCUUAAGUUGAAAAUUCGUUUACAAUAUUUGAACCCUCGAAAUUUAAAUUAACUUGAAUGCAGGGUAUCAGUAUUUUUCGUGAUAUCGGUAAAUCCCAGUAAUAUCUGACAUAAGUCAAGUGAGAAAAACACAAGCGAUAGUUUCAUAAUACCAAUAUCGAAUGAAAUAAUACGUGUACAUGAUAGAAUUGAAUAUUUAACAAUUCAAUGAAAUUGCAAACACAAAUUUUAGUAAUAAAACAUACCUUUCUUAUAAUUCAAUACAUUUUCAAAGAAUUCCACCAGGAUACGAGUUAUCAUACUGUGUUUAAUAAACAGAUAUUGAACUAUC